CGGCUUGGGUGACAUCGAUUUAAUCACAAGCAACACCUUCGCAUCCAUGGUUACAAGCUUCUUCCUAAGCUGGCCCUGAGCUGGAGCUGGUCUCCUCAUGUCUUUAGAAACCCGAUAAUGAGCCCAAUCGUUCAGUUGGUCCUCCAUGUGAAAAGAGCCCGCGCUGCCAUCAACAGGGGGAGGAAAUCAGACACCAAGAGAAAUAAUCCGUUUAGACACAAUCCCUUUUCUUCAUCGGUCUCUUCGACAUCGGAUAUCGACAAACUCAACCCGGUGCCAACUUCUUCGCUAUGGGACAUUGUCCCUGUUGAGAUUCAAAUAAAGAUAUUCGCCCAUUGCGGCAUCACGGACUUAUUCCCAUUGAAACUCGUUUGCAAAGCCUUCUAUGAGCUUCUUACUACACAUGAACAUGCGAUCACUCGGCAGUAUCUUCGCCAGCGCCGUCAUGGAACACUUCCGUCUCCGAUAGAUAGUCAAAGGACAUACACACGCCAUCCGGAGGAUGACGUAGUGCUGCUAUCGGAUCUUUUCCCGCCCGCAAAGAGUGCCAAGGGUGGCCAUAUAUAUACUUUCAGAUACGUGUAUAGCCUACGACGUCGACAGAAACUCUGCUCGAAGCUGUGCUAUUACAUCGCAGACCGCGUCAUGGAUCGGUUUGUUCACAACGAGCAGGCAUUCAUGAAAUCCGUCUUCCCUUCAAGAAACGACCGCAGUGAGUUCGUGAAGCGAGGGACCGCCAGGAUAUGGUUCUAUCUUACGCCGCUAAUGUAUUAUACUCUCUACUUCCUCGAGUCCUACACUCUCGCUCGACGGGAACAGACCAACGUUCUUUUGCGUGACUUCGAAGCUGGGCGACUACCAGUCCCUAUUCCGCCGGGCAUGCGCAAGUCUAUGUAUCGAGGCUUGCAAGUCAAGAUAUUACAAUCUCCCCCUUUCACGAACACCGCCACUCUCAUCGCCACACACCAUUGCAUGCAACUCCUUGUUUCCUAUCUUCGGUAUACAGUGCCUCCGGAUGAACCUGGACCGUCGGAUGACAGUUGGAUUAGCUCGUUACUCACAGUUUCGCCAUUUACCCGAAUAGUGGAGUAUUUCUCUGCUGAGAUCGGUGAUGGCGGGAACCAACGAGUGCAACGAAAAGAUUUUAUGCACAACUUCCACAAUGACAUUACAUCAAACGAAAAAGACGAUAUGAACUCGUUGGUUUUUGAAAGUGCACCAAAAACCCAUCUACAUAGUUCUGUCCAGGACGUCUGGUUCGAGGUUGCCCGGCAGGAGUUGGCAUCACGAAGAGCCAUACAACAUCGUGCAGAGCAUAUCUUGAUCCGAGAUAAUUUACCCGUACUACUUGGAUGUCAGGAUUGUCGGGAUUCAAUGGGAUACCGUGCAUAAAUCACUUGAUCGAUAUUGUAGCAAGCAUUGUAUUAGUCCGGGUGAGGCGUUUUCAAGGGGGUCAUUGGUCACUUCACCAUGGUAUAUACAGGUAUUCGGCAGUUAGGCGUACAUACAUGGGCUUACAUCAUACCAACUACUUCACACAACACUGAUAAGGAUCCCUAUUCUUCUAUGGCUCUCAAAAAGACCGUUGUUUACCCUAGAAUGUAUGCAUCCGAGACGCCUAUCUGAAACCCUAAGCCCUAAAGUUAUAUAAUCUUGGCAUUGCUUUGUUUGACAUGUUUGCGCGCUGGUAGGUCGCGUCUAUGAAUAGCCCAAGAUAACUACAGUCUGUCGUGUCGGUCGUGAUG